AUGCCCGUGGCGCACCAUAUGGUCCUUGCCUCAGGCGCUGUCGUCGCAGUGUCUAUGGCUGUGGCUACUUUCAUCGCUAUUUACGAGUCGCCCGAGCUGCGCCAGUACGCAGACGACGUCCGACGCCGCAUCGCCAUGGCCUUCUACUCAGUGGGCGAUGGCAUCACACCGCCGGCCAGGCAGCCCCGCUUCAACAGGCCCGAGGACGCCGAGGGAUUCUUCGAGUCUCGGCGCGGCCAAGGAGCUGAGCCCGGCGUCGACGCCGACGACGAAACCCGCCGCAGGCAGAGAGAGGAGCUCCUCUACUGGAACUCGAUGCGGUUACAGCAGCAGGAAAAUGAAAAAGACAAUAAGCAACAAAACUCGUCUGACCCGCCGCCUCGGCCCGGUAAAAUUCACCGUGGAUCUACUUUUGACGAUUUCCUCAAGCCUGACGCAACUGCUGAGAAUGGUGCAUAUGUAUUCAAUUCCGGUGCUGAUCUUAGAGACUUUGGCGGUCUUCGUCGUCGUGGAGAGGGCGCUCGGGGCUUCAUGUCGCCCGCCUACUCCAAUCCCUUCGCCGAUGAGCACCACAUUGACUCCGAUGAGAUUCAGGAGGCCCAAUUAGCCCGCCAGCUUGCUCCGGAGCAAAGCGAGAUCAUGUCAGACAUUUACAGCGCAACUACUCGUGAUGGCCAUGAAGAGUCUCGUUCCGUCACCUUGGAAGCCCUCUCACCCCGGCCGUUGAUUGAUAUUGCUCAGCUGUCUGCCCCAUCACAGUCACCACUGCCGUCCACCCUUGAGCGAGAGCUGUCAGAAGACGAGUUCAUGUCCGCCGGCCAGGAAGACCGUCACGAUGUCCAUGCCAAUAUUCAGGCUUGGGCUCAGGAAUCGAGCCGUGACUUUUACUCUCCCCUCCCCGUGACCCCUGUAGCACCAAUGUCCGAGCCGGAUAUCAUCUCCGAGGGCGAGCUUACUCCUACCGACUCUGUCUCCCUUGCUGGAUCUGGUGAGGAUAUUGCCAAUGAUGCUCACUUUUCUGACCAUGAUGGAAGCUCGCGGUACAUGGACGUGAUGAGUGAGAGCGAGGGCAUGGCGACCCCAGCCAGCUGGUCCGAGGUGGGUAGCGUCAUCAGCGAGAACGAUGGCCCAAUGCACGCAUAA